AGCGGUAAUCGGGAAGGUGUGAGUACCGGUAGGGCAUCGUAGCGGAUCGAAAUGCCUAUGGUGAGUUUGAUCCCGAGUUCUAAAUCCACAACCGCAAAUGAGUGCCCCGGAGCACACUCUUCGAGCAGCGAUGCCUAAUUACCAUAAAUCAUAAGGUUAUGGGUGAUGCGACAAGAUACCGGCAGGCAGGCGCAGCAUUGUCAUAACAACGAAUGGCAGCAGCGGACGCAGCAACAACAACGACAACGACAACAAUAACAACAACUACUACAGCAACGACACCACCCGACACCACCGACGACGAUGACAAGCUUUGUAUAUACGGUGGGAUUGGAAAGUUUGAGUAUUUGUAAUAUCCCGGAUGCAUACUCGUGUGAUGUGCACCGGUGCCGUAUGGUGAGUGAGUGAGGACUCCUCGCUCGCCUACCGGUAUUUGUCAGGACUCAGGAGAUAUGUUGUACAAUCCGUACAGUUACGGUACUCAGGCUCCGACAAUAUGGACCCACUUUAAUACGGUUAUUGUACCAGAUUUCUGCAAGAUGGACUGGCAUAAAUUCUGCGCCUGAGGAUUUGCUCCCCGGAGCGCGAGUACGGGUACUGGCUGACUGCUGGGCUGGGUACAGGGUUGUGGAAUUCCGUGCCGACGUCUCAGACCGUAACUCUCAAAGGGCUUGGGUAGGCUACAGUGUGGGCGGCAUCGUGACCCUCCAGAACUUGGAGAAAUCAGGUUGAGGUGCAAGUAUCAUACAGUGCUUACGAGAUUGCAGUAUCACACGGUACCGGUAGGCGAUUCUUUCUGCACACGCUAUACCGUGCGGUAGAGUAGGAGUAACCAGUGCAUGGCCGAGCACCGUACGCUGCCCGGCUCCCCCAAGGGGAUGCUCGUGUCGUACAGCUUUCCCUCUUCUUCUCUUUCUUUUUCCCGUUUACCGCCCACUGAUUCCUGUGCAUACAUUAAACUUGUUGUUGCUCUCGGGGCCAUCAUAUCAUACACAUACGGUACAGUACUGAAUGGCCUCGUAGCAACGCACGACCCUCACAGCCUAGUCUACCGCUAUCGUACUCUACCAUAGCGCUAACAGUACGGUACAGGACUGGUAUCAUAUCAUAUGCUCCCCCCCCCCGAACCCCAGUUGCCGCACCAACAAGAUCCCAUAACCACCACCACUUCGUCUCAACGUCACAACAACCUCCCUCCUCCACCUAUUGUUUGUUCAACACAUUAUUGACCAAUUCCUCUCGGAAUUUUUCAAAAUAAAUAGACAAAAAAUAACAAGAAUAAUAAUAACGACCACUACCUCUCCCUCCUGCCCAUUGAUAACUGGAGCACUCGUUUUCCUUCUGCCCCCGAACGCCUUCCUUCCGCCGUAGCUCUCGGACCCCCGAAGGAACGGCAAUAUGAAGGCUAUCCCACUCACCAUUCACUGGCACGAACACAAUCAACCCAUAUACAGCGCACAUUUCGAGCCCAACGGAAAAGGUCGGCUUGCCACAGCCGGCGGGGACACUAAUGUUCGAGUAUGUUCCCUCUUCAUUCGAUUUGGCCCCCGUGUUCGGCGAGUUCCUGUGCUGACACUCCACAGAUCUGGAGGGUUCAGGGCGAGGGCGAGGAGAGCAAGGUUGUCUACUUGAGCACUCUUGCGAAGCAUAACCAGGCCGUUAACGUUGUUCGCUUUUGUCCGCGAGGUUCGUCUGGGCUUCGCUUCCUGUGUGGGAUUGGUGGUGUGCCUUCAAGUUUGCUGAAUAUGUUGCGAUAGGUGAGAUGCUUGCGUCGGCAGGCGAUGACGGCAACAUCAUACUUUGGGUUCCCGCGGAGCCUGGCCAUCGUUAUGGCACGUUCGGCGAGGAUGAUCUCGAGGAUAAGGAAACCUGGAGGCUUAAGCACAUGUGCAGAUCCAUGGGUUCGGAGAUUUACGAUCUUGCUUGGUCCCCCGAUGGUAUAUUUUUUAUCACCGGAAGCAUGGAUAAUAUUGCCCGUGUUUGGAACGCUCAGACCGGUAUGUUUCCGGCAUUUGCAUCUAUCGUGUGGUGAGGGCUUAUAACUCAUGUUUAAAGGUCAAAUGGUUCGUCAGAUUGCCGAACACAACCAUUAUGUCCAGGGCGUUGCUUGGGAUCCGCUGAACGAAUUCGUGGCCACUCAGAGUUCGGAUCGCUCGGUCCAUAUCUAUACACUCAAAUCAAAGGAUGGCCAAUUCUCUCUUUCGCAGCAUGGCAAGAUUUCGCGGAUGGAUCUCCCACCUCGGAGGAGGGUAUCGUCCAGCAGUCCCGCCCCACCCGACUUUUCUGCCCGCGGUACAAACUUUCCACUCGGCGAUGCGCCGGUCAUCGCUUCCCCUGCGCCGUCGACUCCUGGAACACCUACAUCCUUCUCGCUUCCGAUGAACCCGCCCAUACUCGCUGCCAGUCGCAGGAGUUCAUUUAGCUCAUCUCCGUCGCUUCGUCGCUCCACAUCGCCUUCCCCGGCUCUGCCUCUUCCGGCGGUGAAGCCAAUGGAAUUCUCACCAAAGGUUCAUGGCUUGGGCGUCAAAAACGCAAACAUAUACUAUAAUGAGACAUUGACAUCAUUUUUCCGUCGGCUGACAUUUACUCCGGAUGGAAGUCUUCUGUUUACCCCGGCCGGGCAAUAUAGGACUUCUAAUCCCGCGACUGGAGACGGGGCAAAGACGGCAGACGAUGUAAUCAAUACGGUAUAUAUAUACACCAGGGCGGGGUUGAACAAGCCACCCAUUGCCCAUCUCCCAGGCCAUAAAAAGCCCUCAAUAGCGGUCAAAUGCUCAUCUGUGUUAUACACAUUCCGGAAGUCGUUGGCUACAACAAAGCACAUAACCGUCGAUACAUCCUCACCUGAAGACGCACUUUCCUUGUUACCUCCGCCAGCGGUUGGUGGCCAAAAUGAUACAUUGGGGCCAUCUGGUAUGGUACCAGGAGCUCCGGCUUCUCAGCCAUCCGGUCCAGACCCCACUACUUCGGCUCCUAGUACUAGCGCGCCCUCUAACACCGCCUUCUCGCUGCCGUACAGAAUGGUGUACGCUGUGGCGACACAAGAUGCGGUUCUAAUAUAUGACACCCAGCAGCAGACGCCGCUCUGCAUAGUUAGCAAUUUGCACUAUGCAGCCUUCACAGACCUCACAUGGUUAGUCCUGCUCUCCUUCCACCCACCCCCACAGGUGUUUAACCUCAAAUUCGUGUAGGUCGUCGGAUGGGAACACACUGCUGAUGACAUCCACGGAUGGGUUUUGCUCCGUGGUCGUUUUCUCUCCCGGUGAGCUGGGUGAAAAGUACACGGGCCCGAUCGCGGGUACGGGGGCAACAACUCCCUCAGGAACUCCUACUCAUCCAACCUCAAACCCUGCCCCGACCCACAAGACCCCCCUAACCCCGGUUCCGCCGGUCUCCCCGGCACCCCUAGCCCGUCAUUCAAACUCCCCGACACGCUCUUCGUCGUCCUCUUCUAUAAGCACCCUGGGCUCUACAGCUAUCAACAACCCUAGGCCUACUGUUGGGAGCCUACCCAGUGUGUCAGCAUCUGUGACAGGAGUGCCGUUGACUACCCCGCCUCAGACUCCAUUGGGCGCAAAUUCCAGUGUCCUUGGGAAGAGGGAUGAGGGGCCAGUGAAACAGGACGGUAACGGAACUGAAGGUGUAUCGGGCGCUGCUACCGGAGGCGAUAAAAAGAGAAGGAGAAUCACGCCAACCCAAGUUACUUCCGAAGGCGCCCAAGAGACACCCAAUACUCGGUGAUUCAUUGGCCGCGGUUAUACUAUGGAUGCUGUAGGUUACUAUGCUCGGGGAGCGAAAUACGUGGUCCCACGGAAAAGAGGUUUGAGUAACUUGAAGCUCUGGCACUUGGGAAGGGUUAUUUUGUUCUCUGAUUUUCGAUAGGCUUUUCUUUGUUCUCUCCCUCCCUCCUCUCUCUUUUCUUUCUUUCCUUUUUUAUUUUUAUUUUACAUUUCUUGGUAGGUGUUUUGGCUCUGGAUAGGUUUCCUAUUAUUCUUUCUAUUGUCAAUCAAUCCACUCUUUAUUUUAGCAUCUUUACAUCCGAAAUCCUUUGAAUUCUUUUCCGGUUGUCUUCUUGAGGGAAAUAUGUUCUGAAUCUCAUAAGCAUACAUAUUACUGGUAACUUUUCUCCUAUUUGCUUGGGAUAUGACUUUGUGGCAAAAAUAUAAAGACGUGUAUAGGAGUUGAGCAGCAAGGUGGUACCGGUUUUUACUUUUAAGAGCCAUGCUUUAAUACUUCCCUGUAAAGUAAGUUAUUUGAAUGGCAUUGUAUAACUUAUUGUUUUGUGGUUGUGGUGGUCUCGUGGUUCUGCUUCAAUCACAUCUUGCACGGUCCGGCACUUGGCAGACGGAUUGCAGUGGAUGUUUUACAGCACGAGUGCCGUGAGUUAACUUGCACAGCUAGGAAUCCCUGUUUGAUAGCGCGUUCUGACCAGCAGAACCUUAUUAUCAUAUCAAUUCCAUGACACAAUGUAUUUACAGUUGCAUACUGGUAUCAGGUACUUGUGCCCUGGAUGACCAGAUGUGAUGAACUGACAACUGAUAUCAUGCUCGGGUGCGAGUUUUUUUUCUCUCUUGCCUGUCAUCCAGCUAGCUGACCCCAUAUCCCGCCUGGCUUGAGUACUCGAGUAACCGUACUUGUGGCUUUAUACGUCUUUUAUGAGUCAUCCCAUUGUUCUAUCUUCUCGCCAGAUUUGAUGGAUUGGACUAAAACCACUCCACAACUCUUUACGUGAGCAACCCUCCGGCGAAUUCAGAGGUAGACGAUGCUGCUCCGUUACGCUCUCGACGUUGCCCCACUAUGGAACACCUCCGAAGAGGUUCGGUUGAUGAGAUCCUCCGUCGCAGCUUCAUUCUGACAAAACUGGGUGAAAUCUAGUUCGCAGAGGCUCUCAAUCUUCUCUCACCUGCAACGCAAGCUCGGGUGACUAAGUAUCACUUCACUGCCGACCGCAAACUAGCCCUGGGAUCACAGCUUUUACAGCGACUCGCAAUCUCAGAAAUUCACAGUGGUGGGAAGCCAAGCGCAUCCAUCCCCAAUCUAUCUUCAAUCCCGAUCAUCAAGGAUGAGAAGAGCGGUCGGCCGUCUUACUCCCCACCUCCAGCAGCCGAGGGACAGACACGGGAGCUGAAGGAUUACAACGUAUCGCACCAUAAUUCCCGGAACCCAUCGUUGCCCUGUCUUGUUAUCCUAGUAGCCCGCAUCGCCCCUCCAUCAACGGGACAGCAGAGGGUCGGGGUCGAUCUUGUGCCCGAUGCCUACAAUCGCUCUGGAUCCGCGCAGACGUUCUUGGAGGGCUUCAGGUCUUCUGGGGUAUUUACGGAUUUCGAGAUUGGGGCCAUCUUCUCCCCACUAAGGAACGACGAGAAGGUCAAGAUGUUGUAUUUGUAUUGGGCACUGAAGGAGGCGUAUGUUAAGGCUGUAGGCACGGGUCUUGUGACAAACCUGCUUGCUGUUGAAUUCCGGGGAGUGAAUCUACAUGAUGUGGAGGAUGGGGCAUGUGAGGGGAUAGAGGUUUAUAUCGAUGGUGGGAAGAGACCGGAGUGGAAAUUGGAGAUUGGAAGGCUAUCAAGGGGGCAUUACUUUGCUGUUGCCACAGAUGGUGGGGACGGCGGGGAGGAUGCCGGAGAAUGGAAAUGGAUUGAAUUCAGGAAGGAUAUCUGGGAUGUCUGGGGGGAAUCCGUGGUGAAUUGAGGGGUAUCGGGGGAAAGGUAUUAUUUUUGUGUAUGACGCUAGAGAUUGUUGUAGCGCUUGUUUAUACACAAGCAGGUAGACCCAAGGUUUUAACAUGG